GUCCUGUAAUGCAGCAGCAGAAUUAAGACUUAUUGGUCAGAAAGAGGGAACAGAAGAAAAUUUUGUAAGAAAAAUUCAACAUCUAUUCUACAGUAAAGAGAAUGAUUGGGGAUUUAGUCAUUUUAUGGCGUGGAAUGAUAUUUUGGAUCCAGAAAAAGGUUUUAUUAAAGAUGAUACUAUAAUACUUGAAGUUUGGGUAUGUGCAGAUGCUCCUCAUGGUGUCAGUUGGGAUUCAAAGAAGCAUACAGGUUAUGUAGGAUUAAAAAACCAAGGUGCUACUUGUUAUAUGAAUUCUCUACUACAAACACUCUUUUUCACUAAUCAGUUAAGAAAGGCUGUCUAUCAAAUGCCUACAGAGAGUGAUGACUCUUCAAGGAGUGUAGCGUUGGCUUUACAAAGAGUAUUUUAUGAAUUACAGUUUUCUGAUAAGCCAGUUGGUACAAAGAAACUCACAAAAUCUUUUGGUUGGGAGACAUUAGAUUCAUUUAUGCAGCAUGAUGUACAGGAAUUAUGUCGUGUGGACCACUAGAGAUGAAAUUUGAAA